UAAGCAGUAAACACUAUGUGUCUUUAAUGACAGCAGUCAAAUUCAUUUUCAGCCUUCAAUUAUAGAAAUAUAUCGCUGUUUGUAUACACGGGAGGCACUCGUAAUACGCCAAUUUAUAGAGCUAAAUUAUUGUUCACUAAAUUGACUAGUUGGCGCUGCACGAUCUAGUGUUCGAGCUGCUAGUCCCGCCUGGCGCGCGCAUUUAUGGAAUAUAUUUUUUAAAUAAAGUUAAUCGAAAAUAAUUUCCUAAGCAAUUUUAACGGUCUGCGAGCUGAAAAUAUCAUUAUUUGAAACACAGUUCUUCGUAUUUAUUUAUCAAGAAGAUUAUGUCUGCCCAACUUCAGUUUCUGCUCAAACAGUCACACUCCCCUUUAAUUUUCAGUUCACUUUCUUGUAGCUAGCUAGGCUAGCAAGAGAUUGUAACGUUAACUAGCCAUUUAGCUAAAGCUAACUGAAAUAAUGUCUCGGUAAUGCAAUUAAUUAUUUGUUUUAACCUGAAGGACGCAGUGUUUUACUUCGUGAUUGGUGGUAGAGAAACUUGUUUUCACUCGCUAGAGCUGAGAAGUUCGUUUUAGCUAUAAAAGCGCCAGCUAGUUAGCUACUGUAGCUAAGUAAAUAAGUUAGCUAGCUAACGUUAAAAUAAAAUGUUUGUGAUUUUAUGGGGGGUGUACACAUAACAACGAAGUCUCUGUGUAGCGGCCUAGAGUUCUAUUAAAACACCCAUGGCAAAGUGGUUAAAGGAGUACUUGAACUUUGGCAGCCGGCGUGACGCCCCCCAACCCCCACGGCCUGACUACAAAGAGAGCGAGAUCCUUAGGGCCUACAGAGUCCAGAAAGAACUUGACUUUGAAGACCCCUACCAGAUCUCAGAUAAACCACAACAUGGCUGUUAUGGUGGCUGCAGUGGGACAGUAAGCCUGCCUGCAUUUCCGGCAUUUGCUUCUGUCCUGCCUAAUGGUGCAGAGGUGAAGGUGGUCUCUCCCAAACACAGGUUAAUUAAGUUGGACUCUCAAGAAUUCAGUCGCAGUAAGAUCCCUCUUAGCCCCGUCUCCAUCCACCAGGAACCGGUGCUUCCCUCUGCUCCAGCUGCAGUAGGGGACUCAGACACUGACUACUCAGACCCGUUUGAUGCCAGACCAGUUCCACAGCUCAGAGCGGAUUGGGAGCCCCACUGCAGUAUAGGCCUUGCCUUGAGCCCCAUCUCAAGUCCCACUCUGGUAGCCUUCAGCCCUAAUCCUACCCCAGGUCUCAGCCACAGUCUGGGGGACAGCAGCAGCUACAUGGAGCCCUUUGAAGCCCAGAGGGUCAUCACAGAGAUCCAACAGGGUCCAGAGCGGGGUCGGCCUGGAGUGGGCAGUGGAAGGUCAGGGGUUGGGGUUGGGGGUCAACUCUAUGACAACCCCUACGAGGAGAGGACAUGCCAUCACCACCAGGGGGCGCAGCCGCCACAGCCGGGGAGAGAGUCCCUUAGAGAUGAAACAAAGGAGAUCAGAGAUAGCAGGCUGCCUCAGGACGAUGAGAGACCGGCAGAUGAAUACGACCAGCCCUGGGAAUGGAAGAAGGACAACAUCUCGAAAGCCCUAGCAGUGAAGUUUGAGGGGGCAGAAUGGGAGAGGUCGUUAGCCCAGUCAGACCAGGCCAGACUGCCCAGGACCAGCCCCACAGCCCCAGGGAGUGCAGCCAGCCUUCUGAGGCUUGGAGACACCCCCCCUAUCCUGGGGGAGAGAGUGGACCCCUGCUUGCCUUUGGAGAGACAGGUGUGGUACCACGGUGCUGUGAGCCGUGCAGAAGCAGAGACUCUACUGACGUUGUGUAAAGAGAGUUCCUACCUGGUGAGGAAGAGCCAGACCUGUCCAAAAGACUACUCCCUCUCCCUCAGGAGCUGUCACGGCUUCAUGCAUAUGAAGUUUACUCGGAGUUCAGAUGGCCGUUAUGUCCUAGGGGAGAACAGUCCUCCAUUUUCCUCUAUACCAGAGGUCAUCCACUACUACACCACGCACAAACUACCUAUUAGAGGGGCUGAACACCUGUCCCUGCUGUACCCUGUCAUAGUACAGACCCUCUGACCCUCUGAUGAAUAUCCACAGCCUGAAUUGCACAAAUUUCCUUUGUGUACUACUUUUGGGGCACAUCAGUCUUUACUAGUUUACUGUUUAGGUAAUAGUGUGCCAUUUGGGACAAAACGAUUGACUAAUACUGAAGAUCCUGUCCUCUGGGGAGAUUCUAACAUGGCUGCUUGUGGAACUGUGAUGUUUUUUUAAGUGCUUCAUUAUAGUUCUGGAUUGAAAUCACAAAGGCCAAACUGUAUUAUAUGGCCAAUGGCAAAUACUGCAACAGAGCAGGUUACUGUAUGUCAAUAGAGUAUUAUCUGUCGUCCCAAUGGCACAUUAAAAAACGGAGUUGAAUAGGAGUUGCCAACAAGUGUUAUACAGUAGAACACUACAUUGCCAUAGUAGAAAGCUCUUACUGAAAUGUAUGCCUCAAACCUAUUUCAGUACUUCUAUGGAUUCAUGGUUUUAUUGUGUGAAAGUGUGAAUGAUUUUGGACUGAUCAUGAUAGCUGAAGACAAAUAUAUUGGUUUAUUACUGUGGUGGUGGUGGUUUGUAAAAUGUUCUUGUGUUUUAUGAAAAUAAAGUGUGAUUUUGUUUUUA